AAAUAUUCCUAUAAAAAGAGGUUUUAAAGAGGUAAAAUGACAAAAAAUAGGGUAUUUAUAAAAGGAACCUAUAGAUAUGUCUGUUUCAGAAAAAACAGCGAAAUCAGAGGGUGAAAAUAGCACAUUUGAGUGCUUAGAAACGGAAGAAAUAAUUUUAGAAAAAAAACGAAAAAAAAAAGAGAAAAGGAGGCUAUAUAGGUCUAAAAAGAGGGCUAUAGAGGAGCCUUAUAUGCCUGAAACUGUUUCUUUUCUUAGUGCAGCGAUACAGGCAGAUUAUGUUGAAAAAAAGAUUCGAGAAGUAUAUAUGAACUAUUCUUCAUUAGAAUUAGAAGAUAUGAGAAUGUCUGAAAAAUACUUUUUUGAAACUUGUUGGACGGGCGGCUGGAAUCUUGAACAUUUGUCAAAAUUUCUAGAAAUAGGAAUAGGAUAUGAUCCAAGAUAUAUUCCAAGUCCUUGUGGGAGUCCUCAUACAAUUAUUCUUGCUAUGGCAGCACUUCGAGUAGCAGAUAUUACAAGGUCGUUACGUUCAUAUAAGACAAAGGAUGGAGAUGUUGCUAAAUUAUUUGCUAAACAUAUUAAAUUGAAGGAUCAUAUUAAUUAUCUUUCUCGUACACGAUUGACAAUAGCUGUAGGAACUCCAGGACGUAUUUUAGAUCUUAUAAAUUGUGAUUCCUUAAAAGUGGAUUUUUUAAACUGGAUUAUAUUAGACACAACAUAUAAUGAUGUUAAAAAAAGAAAAUUUUGGGAUAUGCCGGAGUGUUGGAGAGCCAUGAUAAAAUUGAUAACGACUGAUCCUUUGAAAACUAUGUUAAAGAAAGGAAGUGUUAAAAUUGUUUAUUAUUAAUUUGUAUUUGAUAGUCUUCUAAUGGUUUAUAUUGAAUAUAUUUAAAAAUUAUAUUUGGCAAAUUAUAAAAUUAAAUUUAAAUAGUGGUUUUUUUUUCAAAAAUAAA